AUGCGGCAUGGGAGCGCGAGCGUGUACACAGCAGACAUAACGUAUGAGGACCUUAAGGCCCGGUUCACAAUGCCGAGCCAGAAAGCUGCCGAGUCGUUGGGCGUGGGCCUGACCAUCUUCAAGCGGCUGUGCCGCCGCUUCGGGCUGCAGAAGUGGCCGUACCGCCAGCUGCUCAAGCAGCAGCGGGAGGGCAAGCGGCGGGGUGGGGGGCACCACCACCAGGACUACAGCUGCAGUGACGCCACCAGCGAGGAGGAGGAGGGCGGCAGCGAGGCGGAAACAGAGUCAGAAUGGGAGGGGAAGGCGGCGGCGGCGAACGGCCGGGCAGGGUCGAACCGGCAGGCCGGGAAGCGCCGGAAGGUGUCCGCCGCGCCACCGCCAGCCGCCGCCCCGCAGCCGCAGCCGCAGCCUGCUGCCGCGCCCGACUGGGGCGCCUGGCAGCAGCAGCAGGCGGCGGCGGCGACGGCUUCGGCUUCGGCGCAGGCGCAGGCGCCCGGCGUCUCGCCCUGGGCGCUGCCGCCGCAGGGGGUGCCGCCGCAGGCGCAGGGGCUGACGGGCGGCGCGCAGCUGUACCACGCGGCCGAGCCCAUCACCACAGGGGGACCCGGCUGGGACGGCGGCUUCUCCCGCUUCCAGCACCGCCCCGGCGCGCCGCCCAGCUGGCAGCCGCAGCCGGGCCCCGGGCUGGCGGCCGCCGCGGCGCGCGGCCCCGCGCCCACGGGCGGCGGCGGCGGCGGGGCGGCGGGGCCGCUGGGUGCGCCGCCCGGGGUGGGGGCCCCGCUGCAAGGCCCAGUCAAGACGGAGGCCGGCGAGGCUGCCCUGCAAGACGGCGCCGCUGGCGGCAGCUUCCACUCUCUGUGGCAGGCGCUGGCACAAGACUGUGCCCCCGCAGACGGCCGCCAGGCGCUGCUGCGCCGGGAGCGGCAGCAGGAGGCGGCCCUGGGGGAAAUGCGGGAGCAGCUGCUGAGGCAGUACACUGGGGGGGCGGCGCCGCACGAGGCGCUGCCGCCGCCGCCGCUGACUGCAGACCGCUCCCAGCACCAGCAGGAGCGGCAGCAGCAGGAGCGGGGGCAGGGCCAGCUGAUCCGCCCCAAGCCGCUGCUGCCGCCGGUGGCGCUGCCGCCGGCCGCGGCGGGCGCGGGCAGCGGCGGCAGCGCGGGCGUCACCACCACCAGCGCCAGCAGCCAGGAGGCGCUGCUGCCGCUCAGGCCGCUCACGGGCUCCCUCUCGUCCGCCUUUCUGGACAGCCUGCUGCUGCCGUACGCCUCGAUGGCGGCCACCCCCGGCGCCGGCAUCACGCCCACCAGCCGGGGCGCCGCCGCGGCGCACGACGCGGCUGGCCUGGGCCUGCCCGCCUGGGCCGCGCCGCCCGCGGGCGGCGGGGGCGCCGCCGCCGACCUCGGCGCCGCGGCCGCCCUGCCGCGCAGCAGCAGCUCCUGGUGGGCUCUCGACUCCCCCAUCAGCAACGCCCUGGCCACGCCUCGGUCCCUGGAGCCGCAGCAGCACGUGGCAGCGCUAGCGCAGGAGCAGACCGCGCUGGCGCAGCAGGGGCUGGCGCUGUCGCAGCUGAUCGGCGGCCUGAAGCGCGAGAUCGCCAGCAUCGAGCAGCGCUCGGCACAGCUGGCAGAGGAGGCUGCGCGCGCUCGGCGCGCGGCGGCGGCGGCGGCCGGCGACGACCAGCAGGCGCGGCGCCUCGCCGCGCUGCGCCGCCUGGCGGGGGAGCAGCAGCGGCAGCUGGAGACGCUGCAGGCGCAGCAGGCGUCCAAGCGGGACCUCACCCCUCCCGAAGCCGCCGUGCUGUCGCAGCUGAUUGCCGGGAUCAGGCGGGAGGUGGGGGAGACGCGGGCGAGCCUGGAGGCGGCGGAGCGGGCGGCGCAGCGCGCGGCGCAGCACGCGCAGCACGCGCAGCACGCCGCGGCGGCGGCGCAGGCGCAGCAGGCGCGCUCCCAGCAGGCGCUCUCGCAGCAGCAGGCGCCGGCUCAAUCCCACCACUCCCACCACUCCCAGCAGGGGCAGCAGGCGCAGCAGCAGGCGCCGGGCCCGCAGCAGGCGCAGCUGGCGAGCGGCGCCGCCGCGGCGGAGGGCCAGGGCUGGGGCAGCGGCGGCCUGUCAAGCCCAUCCACCGCUGUCGCCUUCCCUCGCCCCGACAGCCUGCCUAUGAGCGCCGCCACCGAGACCGCCAGCGGCGGCAGCGGCGGCGGCGCGGCCAGCGGCUCGCCCGUGACGCGCGCGGCCAGCGGCGGCGCCGCCGCCGUCGUCGGCGACCACCCCACGGCCUGGCGCCCGCCGCAGCCGCCGCAGGCGGGCGACGAGGAGGGCGAGCUGCGCGCCUAUGCCGCCGCAGUGAAGAAGCAGCGCGCGGCGGCGCAGCUGCACUCGCUGCUGCACCAGGCCCCCGCGCCCGACGCCAGCUGGCGCCAGCUGGUGCAGUCGCAGAUGGGCAAGCUGCUCAAGGCGGCCGCCGCUGCGCCGGCCGCCGCCGCCGCGCAGCCCGCCGCCGCCGCGCAGCCCGCCGCCGUGCUGGCCGCUGGCGGUCUCGGUGGCGCCGCAGACGCGGAGGCGGAGGCCGGCCCCGGCAGCGGCAGCGGCCUGACGCCGGCCACCCCCUCUGAGCACGACGGCUUGGUGGGAGGGGAGGCCGGCGAGGCUGCUGCUGCGGCGGCUGCGGCUCUGGCGGGAGGCCCUGGCGACGCCGCCGGCGACGAGCCUGCGGGCGAGGACGACGCCGCCACCGCCUUUUUGGCUCGCAUGACCGCGGUGCACUGCCUGCAGCAGCGGCUGGCGGCGCGCAACGCGCAGCGGCGGCAGCGGGCGAUGGCGCAGGCGCAGGCGCGCUUCGGCCAGCUGCAGCAGCAGCAGGAGGCUGACAUGGAGCGGCAGGCCAGCGAGGGGCGCCUGGCGGCCGCCUCCCGCAUGCAGCCGCCCUCAGAGCUGCUCGCAGACCCUGCCCUGCCGCCGGCGGCGGCCGAGGAGCGCGUGGCGGGCCCGCGGGCAGAGGCGCGCUCGCCGCCGUCGCGGGAGGCCGCCGCGACGGCGGCGGCAGCGGCGGCGGCCCCGGCAGGGCAGCCCGGCGACAGCCCCGCCAGGGAGCGGGCGCGGGGCGAGGGCGAGCCGCAGGUGCGGCAGGUGCCGGCGCCGUCGCUGCCACGAGAGCCGGAGCUGUCGCUUGCCUACCAGCUGCCAGCCAUGCAGCACGGCUCCGCCCCGCCACAGCAGCAGGCGGCGGCGGCGGCCGGCGCGCGGCCAAGCCCGACCCCGAGCUCGAAGCAGAAGCAGGAGCAGCGGGAGGAGCGGCAGGCGGCGGCCGCUGGCGGAGAAAGCGACGCUGCCAAGCCGCGCGACGCAUGA